UUCUGACGCUCUCAUGGCGAGAGCAGAGAUCGACACGAGCGCCCCUUUUCGGUCGGUGAAAGAGGCAGUUAUGCUGUUUGGGGAGAAGGUCUUGGCAGGGGAGAUUGCAAAUAAGCUCAAUGAAAUAAAAGCGAGAGCAAAUAUAAAUGAGCAAAGUGCUUCUCGGUUUGGCUCCCUAGUUGCAGAGCUAGAAGAAACAAAGCAAAACCUUGAGAAAGCACAAGAAGAAAGACUAGAAAUGGAAAACUACCUCACCUCUCUCAAGCAAGAGCUAGAUAAAACCAAGACAGAGCUCAAACAACUAAAAGCUAGAGAUUUGGAGAAGCCGGCCAUAGAUUCAGAGACUGAAGACAUCAAAUUUGUAGAAAACACUACAGAUAUUGAUGAGAUUGAGAUGCCGGUCGUCAACAAGGAUCUAACAGUUCAAAGAAAGAAGUUUGUCAAAUUUGCCAACCCACCUUCUCUGGCUCGAGUCAUGUGCACUGAGGAGCAUGUUUUGGAUAGGCAAUUCUCUGUGGACAGGGAAACCUCACAGACGAGAAACAUGCAAAAGAAGAAGAAGAAGUCCCUUCUGCCUAUCAUUGUAUCUGUGUUUUUGAAGAAGAAGAGCUACCAAGGUGAAGCUUCAGUUCAAGCCCAUGGGAUGCAGAGAGUAGGAUAAACGUUUGCUGCAAACAGAUUAUGCAGGAACAUUGUUGCUUUACAAUUGAUUUUGAAGUCAUGGCUUGGGUUACUUUUCAAGAG